AUGAUUCGUCUUAAUACAGAAGCUGGAGUAGUUGGAGUAAACUAUGGCCUACUAGGAAACAACCUCCCACCACCAAACCAAGUCAUUGCACUUCUAAAAUCAAGAAACAUAACAAAAACACACCUCUUCGACCCAAACCUCGAUGUCCUCACAGCUCUGAAAAAUUCAGGAAUCAAAGUCAUCCUCGAAACCUUAGACCAAGACCUCCAAGACCUAUCAACUAAUGUUUCACAUGCCGCAACUUGGAUCAACACCAACAUAGCUCCAUACUCGGACAUAAUUCGAUUCCUCUGCAUAUCUGCUGGCAACGAAGUCAUCCCCGGUGACCUAUCCCUAUAUGUUUUCCUAGCCAUGGAAAAUCUCAAAACAGCUUUAGAAUCAGCUAAUCUAGGAAACAUCAAAGUAACCACAUCGGUUUCAGCACAAAUCCUUGGGAUUUCAUACCCUCUUUAUAAGCCAAAUGAGAUUCAAUUGUCCUAUGCAUUGCUAAACAGUAAUGAUGUGGUUGUGAGGGAUGGUACGCUAGAGUACAAGUGUUUGUUUGAUGCUAUUGUUGAUUCAGUGUACUCUGCACUAGAGAAGGCAGGUGGUGAGGCCGUUGAGAUUGUUGUAUCAGAGAGUGGAUGGCCAUCUGAUGGAGAUGGUGAGAUAGCAGCAAGUGUAGAAAAUGCUGAAAUGUAUAAUGGGAAGAUGAUUGAGCAUGUUUCAGGGACAUUAGGUACCCCAAAGAGGCCUGGGAAGAGCAUAGAGACCUAUGUGUUUGCUGUGUUUAAUGAGAAUCACAAACGUCCUGGGAUUGAGCAGAAUUUUGGAUUGUACUAUCCAAAUAUGACAGAGGUGUACCAUGUUGAAUUCAACUAA